AUGUAUUGUAUCGUAUCUAUCUCUAUCUAUCUAUCAUCUAUCUAUCUAUCUAUCCGAGUUUUUCAUAUCUCUUUAUCUAUCCGAGUUUUUUUCAUAUCUAUAAAUAUCAUUUUAUAUAUAUAUAUCUAUCUAUCUAUCUAUCUAUCUAUCUAUCUAUCUAUCUAUUUAUCUAUCCGAGUUUUUUCAUUUAUUUUCAUCCGAUUUUUCAUAUCCGAAUUUCAUUUUAUUCAUUAUCUAUCUAUCUAUCUAUCUAUCUAUCUAUCAUCUAUCUAUCCGAUUUUUUCAUAUCUAUUUAUCUAUCCGAGUUUUUUCAUAUCUAUAAAUUUCAUUUUAUUCAUUAUCUAUCUAUCUAUCUAUCUAUCUAUCUAUCUAUCUAUCUAUCUAUCAUCCGAGUUUUUUUCAUAUCUAUUUAUCUAUCCGAGUUUUUUCAUUCAUAAAUUUCAUUUUAUUCAUUUUCAUUUUAUUCAUUAUCUAUCUAUCUAUCUAUCUAUCUAUCUAUCUAUCCGAGUUUUUUCAUAUCUAUUUAUCUAUCCGAGUUUUUUCAUAUCUAUAAAUUUCAUUUUAUUCAUUAUCUAUCUAUCUAUCUAUCUAUCUAUCUAUCUAUCUAUCUAUCUAUCCGAGUUUUUUAUCUAUUUAUCUAUCCGAGUUUUCAUAUCUAUCCGAUUUUUUUUCAUUAUCUAUAAAUUUCAUUUAUUCAUUCUAUCUAUCUAUCUAUCUAUCUAUCUAUCCGAGUUUUUUCAUCUAUUUAUCUAUCCGAUUUUUUUCAUAUCUAUAAAUUUCAUUUUAUUCAUUAUCUUUCAUCUAUUCAUCUAUUAUCUAUCUAUCCGAGUUUUUUCAUGUCUAUUUAUCUAUCCGAGUUUUUUUUCAUUCUAUAAAUUUCAUUUUAUUCAUUAUCUAUCUAUCAUCUAUCUAUCUAUCUAUCUAUCUAUCUAUCUAUCUAUCUAUCUAUCCGAGUUUUUUUCAUAUCUAUUUAUCUAUCCGAGUUUUUUUCAUAUCUAUAAAUUUCAUUUUAUUCAUUAUCUAUCAUCUAUCUAUCUAUCUAUCUAUCUAUCUAUCUAUCUAUCUAUCUAUCUAUCCGAGUUUUUCAUAUCUAUUUAUCUAUCCGAGUUUUUCAUAUCUAUAAAUUUCAUUUUAUUCAUUUUCUAUCUAUCUAUAUCUAUCUAUCUAUCUAUCUAUCUAUCCGAGUUUUUCAUAUCUAUUUAUCUAUCCGAGUUUUUUCAUAUCUAUAAAUUUCAUUUUAUUCAUUAUUUUUAUCUAUCUAUCUAUCUAUCUAUUUCUAUCUAUCUAUCCGAGUUUUUCAUAUCUAUUUAUCUAUCCGAGUUUUUUCAUAUCUAUAAAUUUCAUUUUAUUCAUUAUCUAUCUAUCUAUCUAUCUAUCUAUCUAUCUAUCUAUCUAUCUAUCUAUCUAUCUAUCCGAGUUUUUUCAUAUCUAUUUAUCUAUCCGAGUUUUUUCAUAUCUAUAAAUUUCAUUUUAUUCAUUAUCUAUCUAUCUAUCUAUCUAUCUAUCUAUCUAUCUAUCUAUCCGAGUUUUUUCAUAUCUAUUUAUCUAUCCGAGUUUUUUCAUAUCUAUAAAUUUCAUUUUAUUCAUUAUCUAUCUAUCUAUCUAUCUAUCUAUCUAUCUAUCUAUCUAUCUAUCUAUCUAUCUAUCUAUCUAUCUAUAUUUAUGAAAAUACAUGCGUAUUGA